UUUCCUUUACUAUCAUUUCUUAUUCUCCUUUCUAUUGUACUUAAAUGAUCGACUUCCAUUAUUGUCUUCUAUUUUUAUCUCUCUGGAGAACAUUUUCAAGAUCAGAACAAGAAAGACAGACCUAGCAAGAAUUAAUCAGUUACAUAACAAUAAUGUUUCUAAAAACCUCCAUCUCCACUACCAAAAAGCUCUUCCAGAAAACCCUUGACAGUGUCAAAUAUAUAUUCUCCGGUGGAUAUCAAAAGAUCCCCAAAAGCCCUCCAUGUUAUGCUGGCGGAGCCAAUACUAAUUUCAGCCAAAGCUACACAGAGCUUGACAAAUUUUACGUGCAUGGGGACAGACACAAGAAGAAGAAGAAGAAAACAAUAACAAUGUCUCCACCAGCAAAGGAAAAUGAAGUUAGGAGAAAGGGCAAUUAUCAUCAAGUUGUUGGCUUGAAGGAUGAUUUAAAGAGGAAGGAGAUAAUCACAUAUGAAAGAAAGAAGAAAUAUCAAGACCCGAGAAGAGAGGAAAGGAGUUAUUUGGUGGCUCAAAAGCUACAGGAAUUGAAAAUGUUAGAGAAUUACGAAGAUCAGCACGCUUUGGAUAUUGAACAAGUUCUUUAUUACUACUCACGUCUCACUUGCCCGGCUUAUGUUGAAAUAGUUGAUAAGUUUUUCAUGGAAGUGUACUCUGAACUUUUCAACGCCUCUUAAUCCUUUUGGGAGUAAUUAACUUGUACUAUUAAUCAAUUAGCUCACAGUUAUCUUCUUUUCUUGAUUUUCUACUCAUCAUCUGCUAAUGAAAAAUAACAUGGCCAUGAUUCACUAUCUAGCUUCCUCCUUGUUCUAGCCUUUUCACAUCUCAAAUAAAUAUUUACUAUAUUUUUUUGAGAAGAAUUUGUCACUUUGAUGUUCGAGCUGCAUUUAUUAGUUUCUUUUUCCUCAAUAAGAAUAUUUUCUAAUA